UCUCAACUAACUGAUAUGCAUUUAGUAGUAAUUAGGCUUUGCGAAAAAACAGACUUUUUUUUGUGGUUUGUGAGAACAAAAUUUGCAACAUGGCAUCCGGUAAACUUAAUCAGGUGCACACAGCAUUUGCAGCUGCUUUGGGCUCCUUUAUCAUGGGAUUGCUCAACGUCUGGCCAUCAUACACUGCUCCUCAACUCAAAGCUGAGAACACCACAUUACUGUCUACACCUCUGACUGAUUUUCAAGUGCCAUUACUGGGUAGUUUACCCUCUUUAGGAGCUAUGAUAGGCACGGGAGUGGUUGGACUUAUUAUAAAUAAAUUUGGACGAAAGAUUGGAGGUUUAGCUAUCUGUAUACCUUAUGUGCUAUCCUGGACCAUCAUAGAAGUUUCCAGAUCAUCAAUGCUAAUCCUAGCUGCGAGGUUUAUAUCAGGAGUGGGAGGCGGUGCUUUCUUGGCGUACGCACCUAUAUUCAUAUCAGAAGUGGCUGAAGCAUCUAUAAGAGGAGCACUUGCUUCAUUCCCAAUGAUAGCCUACGGUCUAGGCCUUCUUGUCUCUUACACCAUCGGCUGGUUCUUCUCCUACCACAUAAUCAUUUGGUUCAACAUCCUGAUGAGCGUGCUGGUGUGUUUGCUUCUGUUUACUGUGAAGGAGAGUCCAACAUUUCUCGUGAGAGCUAAAAGGGAUGAGGAAGCCCGUGUUUCUCUGGCUGCUUAUAGAGGUGUCUCAGCAUCUUCAAUGGUUGUGUUUGAGGAAUUGGCUUCACUUAAGGCUCAGCUAAUGCCUGCAGUUCAGCUGGUCUCAAUAAAUGAAGAUCCAGUAAAAAGUGAAGACGGCGAGAAUCAAAAACUGAAGCUGGAAAACGAUGCUGUCAACGAAGAAAAGCCAAAAAUGUCACCCCUGAAGCAACUUUUCACUGAGCCCGCGUCUCGUCGAGCUUUCACGGUUCUAGCAGUUGUCAUCACUAAUCAGGUGUUCAUGGGAAUGGUCCCAGUUCAAGUGUACGCUAAGAGUGUAUUCAACAAGGCUGACCCAGCCAACGCUGACUUGUACUCUGUUGUCUUCGCUCUGGUCUUCCUCGGAGGAUGUACUCUAUCUGCAGUCAUCGCCGAUUUAGCUGGACGAAAAAUCCUAAUAAUACUGUCUUCAGUAUCAUUGGCGCUCUGCUUGGUGACCCUAGGCCUACAGAUGCAAAUCAAGUUCGCCCCCGACUGGGUUACCGUGUUCAUUGUCAUGGCUUACUGUUUCUGCUUCAUGUGUGGCGCUGGGAGCAUACCCUAUGUGCUGUUGACUGAGAUCUUCUCCCCAGAGGUCCAAAACGUCGCAUCAAUGAUUAUCAUCGAAUGGGUCUGGUUCACGAACUUCCUCAUCAUCGGGAUCUUCCCCCUGUUAAUCAAGUUGAUCGGUAUGCAUGGUAUCUUCUUCACAUUUGCCGGAGUCAGCAUCCUCAACGCCGCGCUGGCUUACAUCAUGGUCCCCGAAACCAAGGGCCUGACAAGUUUGCAAAUACAGGAUCUUUUCUUGAGGAGGAAAAAGUGAUGUGAGCUUUUUAUAUUACUUAUAAUUUGAAAACAUUAAUCUAAGUGUACAUAUAUAAUAAAUAAGUA